UGUUAUGUGUUUCAGACAGGAGAUCAGUGAGGAGAAAGCCUACAGGGAGGCUUUGAGAAAGAAGACCAUUGUUCCUUAUUUGCAUCCAGAAAACCUUUCAAUUUACCAAGGUCUGCUAAGGAGCCAAAUACCUGCUAUGAGGAGUCCAUCACAGAGCAGAGCUGAGGCUAUCCUUAAAGAUGCUCCCCAGGAGAGCACCCCUCGGUCUUUAAACCCAACGCCACUUCAGUCAGAAAGUCAAGCAGCAGAAAGGGAGACGCCUGAAAGGAGACACACAAGCCCCAUCUCACAGUCAGCUGAUCCAGGUGAAAGCAGCUUGAUGAGCUCAUCAGCGCAGUGUAAGUCUGCCCAUUUGGAUGUGAUGGGAAAACCCAGAAGGACGAAGGUCAGACUGCCAGGCUACCUCCUCAGCUCCAAACCUCCCAGCGUGCCAAACCAACAUUUCCUGGCAGUGGAGAAACCUAUUAGGAGGAUGUGUCGGACAGCUUCCCUAGCCAAUCCCAGUAAUGCCUUAUGGGGCUUCCAGCUUCUCCCAUCGAGUGUUGAUUUUGGCACAAAGCAGAAAAACACCUGCUCAACCAUUACCGUGCUAAUGAGGAAUGUGGGUUUCGAUGUGUCCAGGUUCUAUGUCAAACAGCCGCAUCCAACCACAGGCCUCAGAGUCCUCUACAACCGUGGACCUGUGGCUGCAGGUCUCCAGGUCGAACUUGAGGUUCAGCUGUUUGCCAUUUGUGACGAAACAGAGCAGAAGAAGGACAUCUCUCAAGAUAUAGCCAUUCACACUGAAGCUGAAAUUCUUUAUCUGCCUGUCACUGCUACCAUCCUACCUGAGAGAUUCAGAAAGGGAGGUUCUCACAGCCGGCAGGCAGACCACAUGGAUGAGCCUCCAGCACUCUGAUCGCUUCUUACUUAUAAACAGGCCACACCAGGAGGACCCGUUCUUCUGUCCUCUACUACUGUUCAAGUAAUUCUGCAGCUGAUUUAAGUCUGGAUUGAGUUCGGAAAAUAUGAUACUUUUCAACAAAUAACUGUGGUGGCUUUGGUUUUCCCAUUUAUCUCAGUUUAUUCAAUGGUCAGUAAAGUCAGAUUUAGCUCUUUUCAGUUCAUCAUCAUUUAUCUAAUACAUGCAGAUAACCUGAAAAGAGCACUGAGACCAGCUUUGAAAUGAAAAGUAAAAAUACAACAUCUCUAAAAUGGAAAUUCUUAAGCACAGAGGUUUAGUCGACAAUGAUUAAAACUUCAAGGUCAAAGGUUAUUAUUUUUAUAAACAUAUUAGCCAGGGAUGCCAAAAUUACUAUUACUGUAUAUCAUCAGUGUUACAGACAGAGAUAAAUACAAAACAUUUAUAUUUAGAUUUAGCUUUAACAUUAUUUUAUCCAAGACCUGCUGAGGUAUUGUAGUCAUUUAGAACCAGUUAAUUUACAAUUCAAUUCAGUUUGUUUAUUUAGCGCCGAUUCACAACACCUCAUGUCAUUGAAAUUUGCAGAGACAUAUUUCUAACAUGUUUUCCAGAUGUUUUUAAAACAAAUACCGUUAAUUUUCUGCAUUUUUGGGUGAAUGUUUCCUCAUGUCUUAGCUGUUCAUUUCAGGUUUUUUUUAAACACACCCAAAUCAUAACUGGAAGAUUUGAUUUAAGGAUCUUAGAGAUUUAAAGUAAGUGCAGAUCAGAGUCGGCUGCAGAAAAAUUACAGUUUUAAAAUACUCACUGGUAGGAUUUGUGGCUUAUAUGUGGUACACAGUAAAUAAUCCUGCUGCUUUGGAUGUUAAAUCCACGUUAAGACAUGUUGCAGAGGGCAAAAAUAUGAAGUGUCUAGACCUUUAAUCAGUAAAUGUCCUAAAUCCUUUCAGCUAUCUUUGCCAACACUAAAAUCUAUUUUGAAAUAAUAAUCUAUAGAACUCAGUAGGUGCCCCAAUAAGAAUCAUCCUUUCAGGUUUUCUUCCAAAUAUGGAAAGAAAAAUGGUCAAACUGUGGAGCUGAACAGGCUGUAGUUUGGUUCUUAAUGCCUUAUUUUAUUUUUUCAUCCAUAAGUUCAAACAAUCCUGUUGAGCAAGAGGGUAGAAUCAAAUUUAGGAACCCUAUAUUAAAGCUUUAUCACUUCAGAAAGCCAAAUGGGAAGCUUUCACAAACAUUUAUAAGUUUGUCACCUGAGAACCAGUAAUAACAGGUGAUUUUUUCCAUAUCUGUUGCCUUUAGACCAAUGUUAAGAAGGAAACUGGAAUGAAAUAAAGAAAUAUAGCAAAUGCUGUGAUCAUUAUUUACUUUGCACACCUGCUUCAGUUUGUUUAUAGCUGCAGCGGUUAGGAUUGGGCCUUUUCCCAGAGGGAGAUGAAGGAUACACCUUCGACUGGUUGGCUGGUGCAUCACAGAGAUGACUCCACAGAAAACAGCAGCAUUGCAGAGUCACUGUUAAGGUCAUGCCAAAAUGAGACACCCACCCCCUCCAGUAUUUGAACUGGUGGCAUAGGGGCCCACCCAGCUGAGUGCCUGGAUAUAAAACAGUUUGAUGUCAAUCAUUCUGCUGUGAAAAACAUGCUUUACUGGAGGAAAACGUUAUAACUGUCUUUCCAGAAUUGAAGGUCCAAAUAGGUUCAUGGGGUCAGAUUGAGAAAACCAAAUAGGUAAUCAUGCUACUCUCUUAGGUCUGUAUUAUUCAUCUUAAUCAGCCAUACCUUCUUUGUUUUUAAACAUAUUUUUCAAGAAGUUGAGAAAUUGACAUGAGCUGUUACAAGGAAAACUAUAAUUGAGCUUAUGGCUUCACUAUGAAGGUACACUCUAAGAAUGGAUUUGUUGGAAAGAGAACCAAUCUAGUUGCAGAGGCGUAGCCAUAAAUUUUCUAUAAGGGCAAUAACUAAUAUAUACUGAGGGGUGGCUGAAAGCGGAUAGGCCCCAGAACGUCAAGGUCAAUCUAUACUGUUCCAACAGGAAAAUGAAUGAGCAAAACAUCCAUAUUUUCUAAAUAAAGACUAACUACAUUUCCUACAGCCUUUGCUAACAAAUAAACGCAUAUAUUUAAACAUCCUUAAUUUCUAGAUAAAAGGUAUAGUGGAUAAAAAUCAGUUUUUUAGUUCUGGGGCAUAAAUCAAUCAUCAUUGUCAUUACUUAUUUGUAUAAAUAAACAUUAUGCAUAAAAUUGAU